AUGCCGCACCAAGGGGCUGGCGGCGUGAACCAGCUGGGGGGGCUCUUCGUGAAUGGCCGCCCCCUGCCCCCCUGCAAGAGGAAGAGGAUCGUCCAGUUGGCGGCGAGUGGGGUGCGCGCCUGUGACAUCUCGCGGAGCCUGAAGGUAUCCAAUGGCUGUGUCAGCAAGAUCCUGGGCCGCUACUACCAGACAGGCGCCGUGGAGCCGAAGGCCAUCGGCGGCAGCAAGCCCCGCAUGGCCACCCCAGAGGUGGUGGCCCGAAUCGCGCAGCUGAAGCUGGAGCACCCGUCCAUCUUCGCGUGGGAGAUCAGGAGGAAGCUGGGCUCCGAAGGCAUCUGCGCCAGCGACCGGACGCCCAGCGUGUCCUCCAUCAACCGGGUGCUGAGGAACCUGCAAGGGGACAUGCGGCUCACAGCUGACUUUGGUCAGAGCCCUGUCUGCCUCCCAGCCCUUCCACCAGCCAGCUCUGAAACUCCCUCCCCUUUCUCAGCGUCGGCCAGGGGACCCCCGCCGGGCGUCCAGCACCGGAACAGGACGAUCUUCUCAAGCCAGCAGUCCGUGGCCUUGGAGAAAGAAUUCCAGAGAGGGCAGUACCCCGACUCCGCUACCCGGGAGAAACUGGCCUCAGCCACCCAGCUCCCCGACACCACCAUCAGGGUUUGGUUUUCAAACCGAAGAGCCAAAUGGAGACGAGAGGCAAAGCUGAAGCUGGAGACUGACGGUGCAGGGUCGUGGUGUGACUGGAUUCUGUCCCCCUUUGCACCAACUCCCCAGGCCUUUGCUGCUUUUCAUCCAUCCUCAAUGACUGACACCAUCUCCACACAGGCUUCCCCUCUGCCCGCCAGACCCACGCCAUCAGCCAGCAACGGGGCUCUGACCCUUCUCCCAGGGGAUGAUCCCGGCUGGAUCCACCCCGUCAGGACGGUGGAUUAG